AUGCACGUCGCCGCCUUGACGCGUGACAAUAAGAUUCUUACAUGGGGUGUCAACGACCAGGGUGCUCUCGGACGCGAUACUACCUGGGAUGGCGGCCUAAAGGACAUGGAUGGCGACGACUCCGACUCGGACGAUGACGACGACGACACCGGCAUCAACCCCAACGAGAGCACCCCUACACCUGUUGGGGAGGAAUUCUUUGCACCCGGCACCAAAUUUGUUCAGGUUGUCUCUUGCGACAGUGCCACCUUUGUUCUGACGCAGGACGGACGCGUUUACGGCUGGGGUACCUUCCGCUCCAGCGACGGCGUUCUGGGCUUCAACGAGUCUAUCAACAUCCAGCAGCGACCCAUGCUUCUGACUAGCCUCAAAAACAUCACGGCUCUUGCUGCCGGUUCCAACCAUGUCCUGGCGCUCGACACCAAGGGCAAUGUCGUUGCUUGGGGCUGCGGUCAGCAGAACCAGCUCGGCCGACGCAUCAUCGAGCGCAACAAGAUGUCGUCGCUGAUCCCCCAGGGCGUGGGACUCCCUCGCGGCAAGAUUGUCAAGAUUGCCUGCGGCGCCUACCACAGCUUUGCCGUAGACAAGGAGGGCAAAGUCUGGGGAUGGGGUCUCAACAACUUUGGUGAAAUCGGUGUGCAGUCAAACGCUGGUGAAGAUGAUGCAGUCAUCCUCAAGCCGGCCAAGCUUACCGACCUUGACGACCAUGUUAUCACUGAUGUAGAUGGCGGUGUCCAUCAUUCCCUUGCAUGCUCUGACAAGGGCAAACUUUUCACCUGGGGUCGUGUGGAUGGCUACCAGGUCGGCUUCGAGUUCGACAAGCUGGACAAGGAAGAUGUCAUCUUUGAUGAGAGGGGUUCUCCCAGAAUCUUGGUGAAGCCGACCGCCAAUGCUGAGCUCUCUGACAUUUGCUCUGUUGCCGCGAGCUCUGACAACAGCUUUGCCAUCUCCAAGGACGGCAAAGCCUAUUCGUGGGGUUUCUCCAGCAACUACCAGACUGGUCAGGGCACUAUCGAGGAUAUCAAGACACCCACGCACAUUGACAAUAGUGCUAUCCGUGGAAAGCAGAUCAUUGGUGCCGGUGCAGGUGGCCAGUUCUCCAUUCUCUUUGGUAUUGCUGACGGCCAGACCAAUGGCGCCAAGACGAAUGGCGUCCACUAA